UUUAUGUUGUGCCUGGGAGAAGCCAUCAACGACGAGAAAUAAAAACCAAAAUAAAACCGUUAGCUGGGCGGCGUCUGUCGAGCUUGUUCGUCCAUGGGGAUGCAAAGGAAGGUAUAACGAGAGUAUUCGCUAGCGGACACGGCUCCGAAAGUGACGGGGAAGCAGCAGUUGAGUAUUUUAUUUUCAGUGAUGACAAUAUUUUCUAUUUGUAUUUCAGAGAAAACAAAUUAUUGUGAGCAAAUUAUGAUUUUACGUACAGCAACAUAAACGCGUCUUUUCAACUCCCAUCUUCAUUCUGACUCCCUUCUCCCCACCUUGCAGGGUUUCCCUGAUGCCUAGAGUUGACUCCGCAAAACUUUCCAGGGCUGACUCUCAGCCAUACAACUCUCCUUCACCGUCACCAACUUUGACGGCUACUGCUUCCAGUGCUGCGUCGUCGGGCUCCAAGAAACGGCACGUUUGUCCAACAUGCGACCGUGCCUUCACGACCAGCGGUCACUUGGCACGACACAAUCGCGUCCAUACGGGGGAGAGGAAUCACAAGUGUCCGUUUCCGGGAUGCGAGACGAGGUGCUCUAGGCAGGACAAUUUACAACAACAUUAUCGUAUUCAUCUCGCACCCGGUUCUCGUCGCAAUAAUCGUGCCGGUUUGGCCCGUGGUUCAACUUCCAAACGCGUUCCCUCCCCGCCUCCCGCCCCUCCCGCCCUCGAACCAGCCCGCCUUUAUAGCCAGCCCUCCCACUCACCCCCGCCCGACUCACCCCCGCCUCUCACUCAAGCGACCCUCCCGGCAACCGCAACCCUCCGCUCGUCAGACUCGGCGUCCCCCGAGCUGCAAUACAACCUCCCUAAUUCCUAUUCAUUCCGACCUUCCUCUUCCUACCAGGAAUAUCCACAGACAUACGCCAUUUCCCCGCCUGUGCCCGCCUCCUCCCGCCAUUCCAUCUCUCACAUCUCUCCCCCGUCCCCGGAUAGCGUUAGCUCCGGUCCAUCUACUCCCGCGGCGCCGUACGUAUACGACAACGAGUAUCGUAAUGGCUACGACAGCCCCCCUCCCGUUCUCGCUCCCAUCAACGUAACGAGGACAGGCCGUGAGUUGGGCUCUGCCAUCACUUUGAAUGACGGCGGUAUCGGCGUCGAGAGGCACUAUAUCCACCAGCCUCAGCCAUAUUAUCAACAAACCCAGGAGGAUCAGGCGGAAGUCAGUCUUGGCCAUGGCGCUUGGAAGGGAAACCUCAAGGGAGGUUUAGUUCAAUAGACAACAAUUUCCUUGUAUACGUACUUACUUAUUGUCUCGCAUUCACUUCUUGAUACCAUUAUGCGCCUCUUCAGAGCUGUAAUUUUACUGUUACUGUACAUAGUUAUUAUCUACAUGCUUUCCAUUGCCACGGCUUGGCUCCGCGUCCUCGAGUCGAGUCACCAAAAUGACAGGCACUAAAUGGCU